UUGCUCUCGAAGAUGCUUCGCCAGCUGCUGUGUCUGGGCAUCCUGCUGGCCAUUUUCUUCGUCUGCGGCUGGGCGGAGUGCAAUACGUGCUCCUCGGACACCAAGGCGGCCUGUGUGUCCAGGACUCAGUACCAAAACUGCACGGACGACAUUCCGACGGGACCCCUUUACACCUGUCCGAAUAAUACCAACUGCACGGGUUCCGCUGAACUGUGCACCUCGAAUGAGGCCUUGGUCGCGUGUGUGGACUGCGGCAAGUGCAAUGGCACCCAGCCGUUCACCUGUACGAGUCCCAGCAGCUUUGCUGUGUGUUUAGGUGUGAAUGUGAUGAGCACGGUGUACAGCUGCACCCAGGGACAGGUGUGCAACAUCAACAAUCCGAUCAUAUGUGGAGCGUCCUUGAAUGGCACGGGCGCCACCUGCUCGUAUUAUGAUACUUCCACGGAAAUUGAGAGCUUUUGCAGCCUGAAGGCCUCCACGGGUCGCUAUGCAUAUCCCAAUGACUCCAGCUGCCUCCGAUAUAUCUACUGUGUUCGCAAGUCUACGGGCUGGACGGGAAAUGUCUGGUUGUGUCCUUCCACCAAACCUUACUUUAAUCCAAGCACUUUGGUCUGCAGUACAACCAAAUAUUCUUCUUGCAUUUGAUAUAUAAAUUGUAAAAAAUUAUUUGCACUUUUCGAUGCAAUCUUAUCUCUUGAGAAGCACAGCCUGUAAAAUGAAUAAAUCUCACUUGUUUACAGUUUCGUA